UGGUUGUAGAGGGUGGGCGUGAGCAGGCGUGUGCACAGACGUGGGCGUGUACGCGGGCGUGCGGGCGUGGGCUGGUCUUCAGUAUGGCUGUCAAUGUUCUGAUGCCUCUGCUUAUCCCACUGGGAGAACAGAUCACUAAUGUGACACAGCUGGUGGGUCGAGGCACACUGACCUUCACACCGCCACGAGCUGAGGUCUGUGUUGAAGAGAAUACCGUAACUCCUCUACACCUGCUUACCCUCCACGCAGCCUCUAACACAACCAUGAUGGGCGUGGUGUACAGCUUACUGGGCGGGGGCGUAGGCGGCCUCUUCCACAUAGACGCCCACACUGGUCAACUCACACUCACCUCUCCACUUGACUACGAAGUCAAGAGUCAGUACGAGGUCGUGGGCGUGGCGGAGGCUGGAGAGGAGAGGGCGUACGGGCGUGUGGUGGUGAAGGUGGAGGAUGUGAACGAUCUGUCACCCACCUUCUCACGACCUGUAUUUGAGACACAGAUCACUGAGGAGGACGACAGACACCUCCCCAAGGCCAUCCUGCAGGUGGUGGCUCAGGAUGGGGAUGAGAGUGACGAGGGUCGUCUCGUGUACUCCUUGGCUGGGGAGGACGACGACGACCUCCACCCGUACUCCAGGGACGACCUCCGAGACCCAUCCUCCAAUGCUACCUUCUUUAUUAGUCCUUCUACAGGACAUAUUUACCUUCUGAGGCCUUUAGACAGGGACGCUCCCUGGGGACGUGCCCGCUGGCGUCUAUGGGUGACAGCUACGGACGGCGUGCAUGAGGCUCACGCCCAGGUGCACGUCAAUGUUAAGGACAUCAACGACAACGCCCCAUUCUUCCCUCAAGAUAUCAUUGAUGCCAGCGUCUUGGAGAACUCCGAGGCAGGGACGGAGGUGACGAGGGUAGUAGCCACUGACCACGACGACCCUCGUGAGAGCUCUAACGCUGUCAUCACCUACUCUGUCGACAAGAAUGUUAUCGACGAGCAGUCUGGGCGGCCCAUCUUCUCUAUUGAUGCUGUAACUGGCAGCAUACGAACGGCCUUGUGUUGUCUGGAUCGGGAACAAACACCAUCAUUCGUCAUCCAAGUUGUGGCUUCUGACGGUGGUGGCCUCAAAGGAACAGGAACGGUCGUUGUGUCUUUGGGAGACGAGAACGACGUGGGUCCUCGGUUCACCCGCCGCGAGUGGAAGGUGAAGGUGAAGGAGACAGCUUCACCUAACACCACCUUGGCUCUCCUCACACUCCAAGACCCAGACACUACCAACCAGUUCGCUUUCAAGGUAGUGGAGAGGAGUGGAUAUGGAUGGGAAAGAUUCACGGUGGUAGCAGCCAGGAACUACAGUGGAUCUCUGCAAGUUCUUCACACGCUCGACUUCGAGGACCAGCUUCAGCGCCGGGGAUUCAGUUUCAGAGUUCAGGUUUCUGACAAGGAGGAGCGACGGUGGUGGGACGAGAGCCACAUGGACGACACCUGGGUGAAGGUCGUGCUGGAAGACGACAACGACAACGACCCCCACCUGGUCACCAGUGUGGUCAACUUGACCCUGGCGGAGAACACACCACUGGGUCACCCACUGGCUUCCUUCACCGCAACUGACCUAGACCAGGGUGGUGACGGAGAGAUUCACUACGAUAUUGAACCCAGCAGCGACCCCGGCAGGCGGUUCACCGUGGACUCGGAGGGUCGGGUUCGCUUGCGCCGAGUGCUGGACCGUGAAGCCGCGGCUGGACACGCAGUACUGGUAUUGGCGGUGGACGGCGGUGACCCGGCACGCACCGCUACCGCUACGCUCUUGAUUACCGUAACUGAUGUCAACGACAACGCGCCCCAUGUAUCUGGACCCGCCCUAUUGCAGGUAUCAGAGAACAGUGGACCACUCCAGGUGGCCCACAUCACCCUGGACGACGCUGAUGACUGGACCCUGGGACAUGGACCUCCCUUCACCAUCGCUUUGGCCACCAAUGUCUCAGACAACUUAAAACAGGAUUUUGCUGUAGAUUUCGAUCCUAGAGGAGACGAGGGUCGAGGUGUGGCGGUGGUCACGUCUCUGCGACCCUUAGACAGAGAAGUGGCCUCUGAGCGCUGUCUACCGCUGCUGGUGGGGGACGCUAGGGGUUUGAUAGCCACCGUCACUGUUACCGUCACCGUCGCCGACAGGAAUGACAACCCAAUGAGACCAGCUACCAAGACCAUCACAGUAACACGCAUCGCAGGCCAGGCAGGGGUGGUGCCACUAGGUCGUGUGUACGUGGACGACCCCGACGACUGGGACGCUGGGGACAAGAGGUGGUCUUGGAGAGAGGGACACCAGCACCCGUUGUUCAUGCUGGACCACAACACAGGUCAACUCGCUAUGAGUGCUCACGCCACAGAUGGCAGGUACUCGCUGCAGUUCUGGGUGAGUGACGAGACACAGGGACAGUUGGAUGUAGCAGCCAGCGUCAGUGUGCUGGUCACUAGCCUCAGUGAAGAAGUCAUCCCAUGGGCCGUCCCUCUUACCCUGGCCAUCCAUCCACCACAACGUCUCAUCACAUACCACCAGGACGUUGGUAAGUCGCUGCUGGAGGCGCUGGUAGCGUCAGUGGAGGCGGUGGCUGGAGUGGAGGUAAUGGUGGUGUCCCUGGAGGGUCUUAGUCUGGCCUCCUCCAGAGGACCUGAGACACAGCUCUGGGUAACUGCUCGGCCACGUCAGCCUCUUGACCAGCUCCUCCUCCUUCACCGACACCAGGUCUCGAGAGAGAGUGGUGUGAAGAUAUCAGACGUGGGGGUGGGAGUGUGUCUUACUGGUCCACCUCAUGACCAGACUGAGGGACCAAGAGCCUGGGUUGUUGAUGCCAACCAGACAGCUGUUAUUACGCCACGGUUCCGCACUAUGACCAGUGGAUGUAGCUGUCGCACUCGCCAGCCACAGAUACUUCAGCAGCAGCAACACCAGCAGCAGCAACAACAGGAAGGGGAGCAGCAACAAACGUCCAGUAACGCUGUGUAUCAGCCUAGCGUUGCUGCAGUUACCCAUCCAUCGUCUUGCCUUCCCAAUCCUUGUCUCAACGGUGGCCGCUGUAUAACAAAAUCCAGAGGACCCAGCUGCGUGUGCCCGCACGGAACGAGUGGAUCAAUCUGCAAACAGCUAAGUCGCCAUUUUGAAGGUCAGGGCUGGGCUUGGGUAUCUUCAGUACCCACCUGCCCUCAUGUACACCUCAGCCUGGAGUUCCGUACUACCCACGCUGACUGCCGCCUCUUGUAUGCUGGUCCAGGACCCUCACUCACACCUCCAGCAACACAGUUUAUGCAGGAAGACGUGUUAAGUGUGGAGCUGAGAGGUGGACGACCCUGGGUGAUGCUGGACUUAGGUACUAGUCCAGUGCUGCUGGCGCCCACUUCCGUACGUCGAAAGAAAUCCGUAUCGUUGAACCCUGGGUCCUCGUCGUCUGAACACUCUGGGUUCACGUCUGACGUUUCAAACUUCGCGCCAUCGUCUUCUAAGCAAUCAAACUACAGGCCAUUAUCUAAUCAACACAGUGGAUCUUCGUUUGAAGCCUCAAGCCUCGAGUCAUCGUCUUCUAAACACACUGGGUUUUCGUCCAAAGAACCAAACUUCAGGCUAUUGUCUAAUAAAGAUUAUGGCUCCUCGUCUUCUAAAUACCCUGACACCUCAAACUUCACAUCAUUGUAUUCUAAACACCCUGGGCCCUCGUCUGAAGCCUUAUAUUUCGCAUCAACAUAUUCUAAACACGUUCGCUCCUCGUCUGAAGCCUCGAACUUCAGACCAUCGUCUUCUAAGCAUUCAGAGUUCUCGUCCGAAGCCUCGCAUUUGGGAUCAUCGUCGUCCGAACACUCUGGAUCUUCGUCUGUAGCCCCACAUCCUAAGUCAUUAUCGUCCACACAUCCUGGGUUGUUGCCUGGUGCCACAAACCACGGAUCAUCCUCCUCCUCAGACCACAGAACAUCCUCAUCUUCAGACCAGGGGUCGCCAGCAUCUUCAAACAAUGGUUCAUCAACGCCUCAGACACACGCUCCCACACUGGCAGACGGCCGCUGGCAUCGUCUCGAUAUUAUAUGGGGACAACAGAGAGUGGAGGUAAUAGUGGACUCGUGUAAGGGUGGAGGAGAGUGCAGGAUGGCUGCUUCCUUACCUCCUGGUGUGGGUGGCUUGAGGGUGGCAGCGCCUCUACAGGUGGGUGGUAUGGCCCACGCACCACCCAACUAUUUAGACCACGGAUGGCCCGCAGCUGUCACGGAUUCUGCUUUCCACGGAUGCGUGAGAAACCUCCGGAUUAAUGGUGAGCUGCGUGACCUUGGAGGAGAAGUUCUGAGCAAAAACAGCUCCCCAGGCUGCCCUCAGGACGACCCUUGUCUCCAUGCUGGACGACCAUGCAACAACCACGCCAGGUGUGUUGAGAGCCGGGAUGGAGGAGGACCUGUGUGUGAGUGUGUGUUGGGUCGGUCUGGUGAGUCUUGUCACCACAAGACUCAACCAGCGUCAUUCUCAGCAAACAGCUACAUUAAAAUGGCACUGACAGCCUCACCGCCACCGAACACCACUACUCUUCAGCUGAGGUUCCGCACGUGGGAGGAGCGAGGUCAGCUGGUGGCAGUGAUGUCUCACCACGGGAGGGAGAAACUAGGUCUCCAGCUGGUUGAGGGUCGACUGUGUGUGCAGCUGGUGUUGCACCACACACCUGACACCCAGCUGUGUCUCUCACAGGCUCAUCUUAACGAUGGAAAGUGGCAUGAUGUUCACGCUAACAGGUACGGAGAGUGGCUGGAACUCCUGGUAGACGAGGGUGAUGGUGUCUUGUACAACACGACAUCCACACCCUCAGCUCUACAAGGCUGGACUCGAUCUCUGUCCGUUGACCGUCACGAGGGAGUACACGUGGGUGGGUCCCCAGAGUACGUGGGGGUCAGUCUACACACUGUCCACAAUGAUUAUCGUGAUGGCUGUCUGGAUGACUUGAGGGUGUCUGGAGUAAGUCUUCCCCUUCCACCACUCGUCAACACGUCGUCAUGGGCACAAGCCACAAUGUUUACCAAUGUUCAGGCCUCUUGCCUCGCUCCAGCUGUCUGCACUAACGUCAGUUGCUCGGAACCUCUUACCUGCAUUGAUGUCUGGAGGAGACAUGAGUGUGGGUGUGGUGAGGGCGCCGCGCUGAUGAGGGAGACUGGUACCUGCAGAGACGUCAACGAGUGUGUCUGGUCUCCCUGUUUCAAUGGAGGAACCUGCUUGAAUCAAGAGCCAGGAUACGUGUGUGUGUGUCCCAAGUCCUUCAGUGGUGAGCACUGUGAGGUUCCAGCCACUGGUUACACCACUCUCACUCUCUCCUUCACUACCAUGGUCAUCGUGCUCGUCUUAUCCCUAAUAAUACUGGCCAUGGUGAUGGGAAUUUACGUGAUGGUGCAUCGUCGUCAGAGGAAGAUCAGAAAAUCUAUGGAAGCUGCAGAGGAAUUUGUGUCUGCCAAGAUCUCCCAAGACCGUGAGGCUGGCGACUCACUGGAUGCUGAUAGCGCUGAAGUCAAGAUCACCUGUACCUUCAGGAGUCACCAGCAGCCUUCAGUCGACGGGGAUACUAAGUUAGCUGGUGUGGAGGUGGUGCCGGAGGACAAGAGAGGCGAGAAGAAGCUUAUAGGUGCUGAUGGAGGUUGUGGCUGCCCUCACCUACCCUCCCUUGAUGACCUUCGCUACUAUGCUUACGAAGGUGACGGAAGUUCUCCUGGCUCUCUCUCAUCUUGCUGCUCAGGUGUUGAAGAAGUUGAGGAAGUGCAGUUUCUUGGAGGUUUUCAAGAUGUUGCUGAAUUACUGAACUGUCUUACUGGACAGCAAGACUCUCACUCGGCAGCCCAGUGCAGCACUCAGAAAUCCGCUGCCCCAGUGUCCGAUAGUUACGGCAAUCCAUUACCCUCGUUUAGUGCAAGGGGAAAUGACAAAAAGUGUACCUCGCCAUCCAACAAAUUAAAAGAAAAUUCAUGUGAAUUCCAAAUGAAUACUGGGGAAGCAAAUUAUGAUACAGGGAUUCAAUCCGAUCUAAUGUAUAGAAAAUAUAACACGCUCCCACGAACCCGUGACCCCAAAAUGGUUGUUAAUAAUCUUGAGGACGAGACAGGUAAAGCUGUGGAAAAGAGAGAAUAUUCCCCUCGGAGAUUAAUUUCCUCGGCGUGUGUAAACGCUACCCCUCUGGCAGGCACGUGUUACACAGACUCUCACACGUGCUGUGCAAAAAUCCCACCACCAACAGAAUUUGAAGGCGCUUCACUUUCCUUCCUGUCAAGUGACAAGUGUCAAGCAUGUGAGACUUCCACUCUCUUCUGUGAUAAGUGUAAAAAUACAAUUCCUAGGAGGAGAUCAUUCUCAACUGUAUCAUACAUAACAUCUGGUAAUAAGAUUGCAGACAAUUGCUCAUGUUCCAUAAGUGAGCCAUUAGCAGGAGUCCCUUGUAUGCAAGCUUCCUGUGAGAGACAAAAGAUGUAUUCUCAAAGUGACCGACUUAAAGAUAAAAGUGGAGCGGUAUCAGCAUUACAUUGUUCCUGCUCUGGUACUCCCACUGCAACCAACAGUACUGAUAAACUAUAUCUGCUGUAAUAUAAUUUUGUUAAAAUAUGUAUAUAACAUGUACAUAUUGUAUUCACUGGAAUGUGCUAAACCCACAAGGAUCAGACAGCACCUUGGGAAUAGGAAGUAAUCAGGUUUGAUCCAAGGAAAAGAUAGCUAUAAUUCCUUGGAUCAAGAGCCCUUCACCUGCAUCAAGACAGCCCACCUUGCUCAGUAGAUAUGUAAUGAGCAAGCAAUAUGCUGAAUAACUCUAUUCUUUAAAAAUUUUUGGAAGCUGAACUUAUUGUGUAUAUAGCAGCAUUUCUGAGGUUUAACAUACAGUGCACACAAACUGAACUGCACCAAUAUCCUAAACAAAAAUUAUCUAAAUUUUUCAAACUUUAUUAACUCACUAACAUGUAAUAUAGGUUAUAUUUUGCUAACUUUUGAUAGCAUAAUUAUAAAAUACUUUUGUUAUGUGCAAGCUACACAGAGCCUGGGAAAAGGGAGAUAAUCAGGUUUGAUUAAGGGAAGAAGUACCUCCUGUUCCUUAGAUCAAGAUCCCUUCAGACCUGAAGCAACACUAGAAGGAUUUAAAAAAAUUAAUUUUUUUUUUUUUGUUAAUUUACAAAAAAAAAAAAAAAAUGGAUAUGAUCCAUGUGAAACAUUUAAGUUCCUUUAUUUCCAAAACAUUUUUCCCUGUGUAAAAUAUUUUCAGUAAAACAGAUGACUAAAAUAUGGGAGACAAACUGAGGUGUUCAGUCCCUCAGCCUUGAUUAAAAAUGAAUAAGUACUUUUCAGGAGAUCAGUUCCAUAUUCUUGAUCUCUGUGAAGUAGCAGCAUAAUGGCCGAGCAACACAUACUGGACCAGAAGUAAGAUAAAGCAGCUAGUGAUGGUGUCAAAGACGACAGGAUCCACCAGCAGGCCUAUUGGCCACUGCUAGGUGGCCAAUAGGGCCUUCUCAAAUACAACCCCUUUUUACACACAAGAACACGCCAAUAAGUUGUAGAAUAAUAUAGUUGUGGAAAAUGUCCUAUACAGCAAGAUACUUCAGUGUUAAAUUAAUACAACCAUAUCACUCUACAAGUUAUUAACAUGUUAUGUGAGAGAAGCACUGAACUUCAGAAGUACUGUAUCUGCCUAGCAUGGGCCUGUAGGUCUGGUAGUUGGCACUGCCUCUCUGUAACACCACCUCCCACUGCUGCAUUUCACUUCUGGUCCAGUGUGUGUGUUGUUCCAUCAACGUGCUUCUACCUCAGAAAGAUCAAUGCAAUAGCCUCUAUGAAGAAUGAGGGACUGAACGCCUCUAUAUCUUCUUCAAGUAUUUUAAUCACUUCUACUCGACUGAAGACUACUUGCCCAAAGGAGAAACGUGUUGUAAAUAAAGCCACCAAAGACUUGUGCUUGUGUUAUUCUGAAAAAUGAUAUCUUGGAUAUUAAUAUUUACCAAUAAAUAAAGCCAUGAAUCCAAGUUUUUGCCCUUUCAGGAUGAUAUAUCUACUUAACUCUGCACAUUACACACAGGGGAAAAUACCCUCACAGGUAGGUGCACAAAAUUACCAGUUUACAAACAUAGAGAAGUAUUAAAUCCAUGGGGUGUCAUGCAGCACCUGGGGAAUGGGAGGUAACCAGUUUUGAUCUGAGGUAGGGGAAGGAAGCUGAAAUUCUUUGACUUGUGAGUCUUUCAGUAUCAAGGUAUUUCCCCCUCCCUGGAAAGUACCUAAAAGUUUUCAUAAUUAAAUUUGUACAUAUUUCUUAUUUAAAUCUAUAUUUGCCUGAUAAAAUAAAUUUACUAUGUUA